AGUUGUCUGACAGCACUGACAGCUGUUUGUUUAUGGAAUUUAAAAUAUUAUUUUUAUUAACAAUUAAUUUGUAGAUAGUUAUUAAUUCAAUUUGUAUAAUAGCAUUCCAACUGUGUAAGUUAAAUAACUAUAUUAAUUAUGGCUUUAUACGACAACAAGUAUUGGCUUCUGUCCCAUAUACGAAAUUCGUUUAUAUCAACAGACGAUACAGGCAUGUGCGAAGUAGUAAUGGUGGGUGAGUCAAAACAAGUUAAAGAAAAGUUUUUCAGUCAGGAGCCUUUUGCAGACCCUGAUGAAAGUGAUGAAGAGGAAGAUGAUGAUGAGACAGGGUCUUAUGAUCUUCAAAUGGAUGCAUAUUUUGGUAUAAGGGAUAGAGGGGCAACAUCAAGAGCAGAGAAGUUGGAAAAUAACACUAAGAAACCUCCUAAAAUGAAACAUAUUAAAUGGGAACCGAGAAAUAACAGUACAGAGGACAAUGAUAAUGGAUCCAUUAAUGAUUUAUUUGUGAAAAAGGAAAUCAAACCACCUGAUAAAACCAAUAAAAAGGUUGUAAAAUCUGGCCUGAGUGCGCUCAUAGAAAAAUUUACUCACUUACCAUUGAAUCCUUAUAUGGAAUUUGCAAAAUUUGAUGGCUCUGGUCAAGUAAAUAUACCUACUAGAAAAUAUAGAAUUUUUUUAACAAUGUUGCCAGAGGAACAAAGACAUUACCCACUUCCUAUUGUUUGCAUUGCCACUGCUAAAAUCCAAGAUCUGGUUGGUUUGACAUUAUUGAAAUUCAGUACAAAUCAUUCAGAUUUUGUUUUGAAACCUGUCGCAAACUAUGGAUUGUACAUCACAGAAGAGGACGGUGAAGUUGACAGUGACUUUCCUAAUUUGGAUCCUAAAGAGUGUGUGGCCAAAUUUGGAUUUAACUGCCUAGGGCUUGUUGAACAUAAGGAUCCACCAAAGAUGGUCAGUUUUGAUACACCCGAAGAAAUACCUUCGUCGCCCGACAGUAGCGGCGGUAAGAAAAGAACAACUUCGUCUUCCAAAGCUGAAGAGACAAAACAAAUUAAAAACGAUAAGGAAAUAAUGGACGGACACAACAGAGCAAUGGAAGCGCCAUUAUACAAAUCGUAUCGCGUUCAUAUUGUAAACAAACUCCGCUGGUGGAACAUGGAAGUUCAUUUAGGAAUUAGCAGUGAUAAAAUUGAAAUAGAUCCUAUUGCUCAGAAAAAUACGAAAUUGCAACUGGUCAAGCAGAGUCCCAUGAGCCAUCCUAUGGACACAAUCGCUUUUUGCGAAGAGCUGGAAACCAGGGGCAAUAAAACUACUUUCGUUGUGGUCUAUGCUGCUGGAUUUGGAGGGAAAAGUAGCGAAAGAAAUCCUUAUCCAAGCUCUUUCAACAUGCCAUCUCUUCAGACAUCGCCCAGCUUCAAACAUUACGAUUUCGAGGCAGAAAAAGACAUUGCCGAAGAAAUUGUGAGCAAAAUAAACCUAAUUUUAAAUCUCAGAACCAGUCCUUGCAGAAGAGAAUAUCUAGCAGCCAAGGAAAGAAAACAUUUUAUGAAGAGAAAAAGUUUCAGGUCACUUAAGUAAUUUUUUUAUAGUUAAGUUAAAUAAAGAUAUUUAUAUCAA